AAACAUUAUGGGAGUAGAAGUAGAGUGAGAAAAAAAAAAAAAAAAGCAAGUCAACUCAGUCGUCGGACUAAAGAAUCUUUGGAGCUGGGAAAUGGCAAUGGCUUCUUCUACUAGUAUUGAGAAUCUUUGAGCAGAAAACGAGGUGAGAGAUAGAGAGAGAGAUCGCUCGAGAUGGCAGAAGUGGUAGUGAAUUUGCUGGUAGAGAACUUGACUCAGCUUCUGAAAGAGAACAUCCAGCUCAUCUCCGGCCUCAAGGACGACGUCGAGAAGCUUCUAGAAGACCUGGGCGACUUCAAGGCCUUCCUCAGAGAAGCCGGAAAGGCCCGCUACGACAACGAAAUCCUCAAACGACUCAUCACCAAGAUCCGAACGGUGGUGAACAAGGCGGAGGAUCUGAUCGACAGAUAUGUGGUGGCCGCCAAAUUCCACUACGACAAGAAAUGGAAACGCUACCUGGACAUCGAACACCCCGGUCGGAAAAAGGAACUCGCCGAAGAGAUUCGGAAUGUUCGGGAAAGCAUGGAUGGGAUCCGAAAGGAUCCGAACUAUGGCCUUAAUGCUCUCCGAGAUGAAGCGUUACCCAACAGAGGAGCUGUCCAGGCUAAGGUUCCUACUGUGGAGGAAGAGUACGUGGUGGGUUUUGAUGGUGAGGUUGAUGCUAUAGUGAAACGUCUGACUGAGGGAGAAGGGUUUGAAGUUAUCUCGAUUGUGGGCAUGCCAGGACUUGGCAAGACUACUUUGGCGAACAAGGUUUUCAAGGACGAAAGAGUUGAAUAUCACUUCAUGAAUCGUGCUUGGAUUUAUGUAUCUGGAGUAUACAAAAGAAGGGAUGUUUUUCUAAGAAUAUUGAAGGAGUUAAGCAAACUCUCCCACACCUAUUCUGAUGACGUGACUGAUGAAGAUUUAGCCAAGGAAAUUAAAAAAUUUUUGGGGUCAGCAAAGUAUUUUAUCGUCAUGGAUGAUGUCUGGACAGGUGAAGACUGGAAUGCACUCAAAAUUGCUUUUCCCAUGAACAAUGGAAGCAGGGUAUUAGUUUCUACACGGGACAAAGUUGUGGCUAUGCAUGCCAAUUCUAGGGGUGACCCUCAUAACCUAAAAUUUUUAACAGAGAAAGAAAGUUGGGAACUACUUCAGAAGAAGGUCUUCCGGGAAGAAAGCUGUCCUUUUGAGUUAAAAAGGCCCGGGAGAACCAUCGCUGAAAAAUGCGGUGGACUACCACUAGCAAUAGUGAUUAUCGCUGGUACUCUCUUAGGUAAACCAAAAACAAGUGGGGCAUGGGACAAGGUAGCUGAGAGCAUCGGUGACUUCCUGAAACUGAAACUAGAGAGCUACGAUUACCUAAUACGAAUGAGUUAUGACCAAUUGCCUUAUGACCUCAAGAGUUGCUUCCUUUAUUUUGGGGCUUUUCCUCGAGGAAAUGAGAUUCCAGCUGGAAAACUCAUUAGGCUGUGGAUUGCUGAGGGGUUUAUUGAGGAAGAGGCACAAUCGUUAACCUUGGAGGACAUAGCUCAUGAAAAGUUGAGUGAUCUUGUGAAUAGGAAUUUGGUGAUGUCUAUGCAAAGAAAGUCGAAUGGACAAAUCAAAACUUGUCGAGUCCAUGACAUGUUACAUGAGUUCUGCAAGAAUGAGGCCAAAAAGGAGAAUCUAUUUGAAGAAAUCAACACGGGCAGGCAGCUAGAUACUUGUCGCCGCCUUUGUGUCCAGUGCAAUGUUUCUGAGUUCCUCUCCUCAGGUCUUUCUGCUGACCAUGUCCGCUCUUUGCUAUGCUUCUCCUCAAAUAAAUAUGAUCUGCCUGCAGACAAUAUUUCAAUCAUUCGGGAAGCGUUUCCACUGCUAAGGGUGUUACACACUGCACCAGAUGAAUCCAUCAUCUUCACACGUUUUCCUAGAGACAUGACUAAUUUGUUCCAUUUAAGGUACAUUGCAAUAUCAACUACCCUCACGAUCCUUCCUCAAGCCAUUGAUAGCCUGUGGAACAUGCAAACUCUUAUAGUUAGGACAACACAAAGCACCCUUAAUAUCAAAGGAAACAUAUGGAAAAUGACACGAUUGAGGCACGUGCAAACAAAUUCAUCUGCUCAAUUGCCUCCACCUAACACCAAGAAAGAUCCGUUUGCAAAUAGAAACUUGCAAACACUUUCAAGGAUUUCACCUGAAAGCUGCACGGCAAUUGCACUGGCCAAAGCUCCAAAUUUGAAUAACUUGGGUAUACAGGGAAAUUUGGCUAAGCUUUUUGAAACCAACAAGGAUACUGGGUCCAGUUUGUUCAAAAACCUUGGAGAAUUGAAGUUGUUGGAGAAACUGAAGCUGUUGAAUCAUGGUGGGAAUGUGCAACGCCUCCCUCAAAAAUAUGAAUUUCCACAAAAGAUUAAGAAGUUGACCUUGUCCAAUACUCACCUCGAAUGGACUGAAUUAUCUAUACUGGGAUCACUGGAGUACCUUGAAGUUCUGAAAUUGACCGAAAAUGCAUUCAAAGGAAAGGAGUGGGAGCCAUCCAAAGGCGGCUUUCCUUGUCUCCAAUUCUUGAGAAUUGAGAGGACAGAUUUGAAGUCAUGGAAGGCUUCUAGCCUCCACUUCCCAUUACUAAAGAGUCUCAUUCUUAGACAAUGCCUUAAUCUGGAGGAAGUCCCACCUAGCCUGGCGGACAUAGACAAUCUUCAGGAGAUGGAGCUGAACCGUACCAACCCAAGGGCUGCACAGUCAGCCUGGAACAUUUUACAGAUAAAACAAGGGAAAGAGAUGGAACUAAAGGAGAAAGGAGGAAGCCCCCGGAGAUUCAAGCUCAAUAUCUAUCCUCCUGAUGAGCUUGAACAGAUACAGCAAAUUUAAAAAUGCCAUGGUGUCAUACUGUCAUCUAGAUGAUCUUUUGAGUGUGCAGGUGAACCGUAUUGGUCCGUGUCUAAGCGUGGGUUUGUGAAGGGCAUGAAGUGAGGAUCUUUUGUAUGCAGAUGAGAUGGUAGCAUUUUGGAAUUGUCUACCCAAUCAUUGUUUUGGCAAAAUUCUGUGUGCUUUGUUUGGUGUGGUGAGAGCUUAUGUUUUUGGAAAUUCAAUUUGUUAUUUGUGGUGUUUGUUAUUCAUUGGGGAUUUGGAACACAUAUUUGAACUAUGGUCAAGAUGUUUGCAUUUCUGUUAUUUCCACUUGUUUGUUCAUUUA